AUGGAGGUACUACUUGAUUAUCUAGAAGAGGAUUCCAGGAACGUGUUCAUUGACCUAACCCCUCAAUCACUGUCAUCUUCUCCUGAGACAUGCCUGGCAAGCGAUUUACCGGGAUUUGUGAGGCCAAUCUCAACAGCUAUAGGUGAGGAUAGUGUGAGCAAUAAAGAAGGUAGUCAAGGCAAGGUCAGCUUGCUCCUGUUCCAAGCUAUCAUGUUUUCGGCAACCACUUUUGUCGAUCUUGACGACCUUCAAAAGGCUGGCUACUCGAGCCGUGAGGAAGCUCAUGAAGCUUUCUUCCAAAAAGCACAUCUUUUGUACCAAUCGCAUUACGAAUCGGAUCCACUCACAACUCUUCAAGCCCUGCUUCUCAUGACACACCGAGCCAAAGCCACGGACGGGAAAGAUAGCCGAUAUUGGAUUGAGGUUGCCAUUUCGCUGGCGCUAAUGAUGGGGCUCUUUCGAGACCUUCCCACCGGUUAUGCUAGACACUACAAUCAGAAGCUUCACAGAAGAGUUGCCUGGACGUGUUAUAUGGCGGACUCCUUGAUCGCCCUUAGGCUAAGAUGCCUGCCGUUGAUUCGGAGUGUUGAUUUCAACGUUUCCCUCUUAACUGAAGAUGACUUUGAUGUUGGUCACAUAAGCAUGGACAGCCAACUCUUGCUUCCUUGGUGCACAUUUAUUCGUUGUGUCGAAGUUCAAAAAUAUCUGGCCGAUAUCUGCGUUUCUCAAGCGCAGUUAUGUUUGUGCAUCAGAAGAGUGCUGAACGUGCAGGCCAGGCGCAACUCAGCGGAAAUAUCCUCCGAUGCCAUCGCCACGCCACCAGAGUCUCCGAACAAGCACCACUCAGACUACCUCAGCAGUAUUUGGAUGUCUCAAAAGGCAUUAACCGACUGGGAAUAUUCCUUAUCACCCAUAUCUCAACGUCCUCCCACAGUGUUUGGGAUCGGCAGCCACGAAAGCCCGCUAGUUACGCUCCACCGCAACGUCUUGCACAUGAUCUAUCAGGGAGUGGUUUGCGUGCUGUAUCAGUCGCAAAUAUUCCAAUCGUCGACGUCCCGCAUGCAGCAUGCUGCUAGGCAGAUCACCGAGAUCGCCACCGAAUUAGAUGACAUGAACCUUCUGCAUUCGCUCCCGAUUAUUGGUUCUACAACUAUUCUGAUUGCGAUGAUAAUCCACCUGGCAGAGGUUCAGGCCUCUUCCCCGCAGCGCUCAAGAAGUGCUCUCCGGAAUGAUAUCGACGCAGCGAGGACUUGGCUCAAACAAUCGAAUGCCGACAUGCGGUCACAGACACGGGGUCAACCUGCUGCCCUGGCACUCGUGGACCUUGGCCAUUAG